AUCUAGUUUGCAGUAUCUUGUAGGAGCAAUGUAACUCCACGACCGAUAGCCAUUAUGAUUCAUCGACCUGAGUCGCGAUUCUCACACUGCUGAUUUCACAGGCGCCAUUCUUGAAUUCACAGGACGCUAGAGCACCGGCUUUGAGGCGCGUCGAAAGCAGCAGAUCCGACUCAGGCAUGUCCCCCCUUUCCCCCAGGCGCUGGCGCGCGGGGGAGAGGGUGGAAGUUGCUCCUCGGGGGGAGGGUUUCCAGGGCGCUUGGUUCACUGCCGUGCUGCUGGCGGUAGACAGAGGCAGGCGGAUGGGUUCAGUGCGGUACGAGGAGAUGAUGGAGGAGGACGGGGUGACCAGGCUGACUGAACACGUCAGCUUGGAUCAGAUCCGCCCCGUGCCACCUGUCAUUGAUGGGGAUGACCCUGCCACGUGGGAUGAGGGCCAUCCCGUGGAGGCGUGGGACAAUGAUGGCUGGUGGGUCGGCACAAUCGUUGGCCGCGACUUCAGGCGCCGAACCAUGCCCCAUCCCGAACCUCCCGGUGCCGUGCCUGGCGCUAGGCUCGGCACCGAGGCUGACGUGCUGGCGUUCAGGGUGUAUUUCCAGGGAUCAACGGAGCAGAAGGUGUUUCUGGCCCGUGACCUGCGCACGAGAAUGGACUGGCUUCAUGGCAAGUGGAUCUCUCUGGGGCCCGUGGCUGCUGACGCUGACGCUGCUGCUGACAUGUCUCCUUCGUCUGCUGACGCUGCUGCUGCUGCUGCUGCUGCUGCCGGUGAUGCUGCUGCUGCUGCUGCUGCUGCUGCUGCUCCUGCCGUUACUGCCGCUGUAACUUCUGCUGCUAUCACUCAUGUAGCUAUGGGUAUUGCUAAUGUAUCAGCUUGUGCUGAUGCUGUAACGGAUGCUGUAACGGAUCCUGAAGCUGAUGCUGUAACCAUGCAAGACAUGGCAGCCGGAGGAGGAGCAGCGGGAGCAGCAGCAGAGGAAGGAGGCAAGGCAGCAUUACUAGCUGAUGGAAGAGGGGCUUCUUUGGCUUCAGGGCCCGAGACUCAGGCGGGGGAGACUCAGGCGGGGGAGACUCAGGCGGGGGAGGAGUCUGUGAUGGAGGGGAGAGCAGGAGCCGAGGAAAGGGAUGACGUGGCUGCAGCAGCAGCAGCAGCAGCAGCAGCAGCAGCAGCAGCAGCAGCAGCAGCAGCAGCAGCAGGGGAAAGAGAAAGAGGAGCACUACCAGCAGCAGAACGAUUAGCUGCAGCAGCAGUAGCAGCAGCAGACGAAGCAGGUCAUUCGCCAUCAGCAGGAUCACCAGCAGCGGAACAUGAAGCAGCAGCGCCAGGAGUGAAGGAGUGCGUUGAUGAGUGUGGAUUGGAGGGCGGGGUGAACGAGGGUGGUAUGGGGCAGGGUGGGUUGAAGGAGCAGGCUGCUGGUCACCAGGAGAUAGAUUCAGGGGAGCCGUUUUCUUGUGGGCCGGUGACAGUAGGACAGUGUGACAUUAGUGAAGGGCGGGCGGCGCCUGUGAGUGUGGGUGGUGCUAGUGAUCCUAAAGAAUGUCAGAGAGGAGGUGACGGAGGGAAUGGCGAGGAGUGGGGUGGAGAGGGAGAGUGUGAAGAGAAAAUGAGGGGUGGAGAGGGGAAGAGUGAAGAGAAAGAGAGGGGUGGAGAGGGAAAGAGUGAGGAGAAAGAGAGGGUUGGAGAGGGGAAGAGAGAAGAGAAAGAGAGAUGGAGAGAGGGGAAGAGUGAAGUGAAAGAUAGGGGUGGAGAGGGGGAGUAUGAAGAGAAAGCGAGGGGAGGAGAGGAAGGGGCCACAGGCCUAGCCACCGUCCUUGGCAGCAAGGCACGCAUAUCUGUGCACGUGCUUGGUGCAGCGAGAGGGGAUGAAGGGGAGGAAAGGGAACCAGGCUUCGAUGCGAGGUCGCCACCAGACGGGAGUGGUGGUGGGCGUGAGUGCAGGGCAGCUGGGAAUGUGCCACAGGCAGUAGGAGGCGCUCCAACAGUAGCAGGCAGACCUGUGCACGUGCUUAGUGCAGUGAGAUUCGAGCGGGUGGUGCCGGAUGGCGGUAAAGGUGCGAGGUCACCACCACUCGAGAGCAGCGGUGAGGGUGAGGGUAAAGGCAGGGCAGCAGAAUAUGCGAUACACGUGCCAGCACCUGAGGUUGAGGGAUUAGCAGCUUUGGAGAAGCGUAGAAGCACCACGUGUCAGCCCCUCAGUGAUUCCUGUCCGGAUAAACCCUGUCAGGUUAAAUCCUGUCCAGAUAAACCCUGUCAGGAUAAACCCUGUCCAGAUAAACCCUGUCAGGAUGACCCCUGGGAUCUGAGCGCUGCUACUGGUUGUUCCAAUGCUGGUGCUGGAGAGAGGGAGGCUCCACUGAUCGUCUACAAGCGAAGGAGGACAGCGCAGGGGUGGGUGGGCCGAUGCCUAGACAUGCAGAGACAGAAGAUUCAAUUCUGCUCUCAAAUUCUAAGUCAGACAAUUAAGGGGGGAGGAGUCCCGUUGGUGGGUGUUUCUCUUGCAGAAGCAGCAGGUGGAGGAGGGGGUGAGCCAGCAGGAAGACACUCGGUGGCGCCUCAGGGCGGGGGCAAGCAGGCUGCACUGCUGCAGGAAACGCAGGGGGCAGGAGGGGGGAGGCAGGCAGAUGGGGGAGAUAAGAGUGCAGCAGGUGGGACUGGGGGAGGGAGAGGGAGGCUUUCAAGGCAGUGCAAGGCGUCUAGGGUUUAUGCCAAGAUGUUGGGAAAGGGAGGAGGAGUAGAAGGGAGAGGCGGAGCAGAAGGGAGAGGAGGAGUAACAGAAGGGAGAGGAGGAGGUUUGAAGGCCACCUCGCAUGCACCAAGCACCCUUCCUCCGUUCACCUCCAGCACAGGAUUGAAAACGAAGGCAGCAGCAGCAGCUGCUUCUGCUUCUGCUACUGCUGCUGCUGCUGCCCCUGCCACACCCGCCGCAUUUCCCACCACACCUGCUGCAACUCCUGCCGCACCCGAUGGUGCGCCUGCCACCCCUGCAGCAAUGCCUGCAGCGAUGCCUGCAACGAUGCCUGCAGCGAUGCCUGCAGCAAUGCCUGCAGCGAUGCCUGCAGCGAUGCCUGCAGCGAUGCCUGCAACGCCCAUGGUGGGUGGGGAGAGGCCACGGGCACCUCCAGUCGCAAAGGCGAUCUCUGAGGCGCCUCAUGUAAGGCGAGCAGGAGGGGGGAGUGUAGGUGACAGGAGAAGGGAGUUGAUUGGGGUGGAUGUUGGGGAGCAGGGAGUGGCGAGGGUGGAGGGAGUGGUGGAGGUGGAUGAGUGGGGAGAGGUGGGGGGGGAGCAGGAGAGGGCAGGUGGGGGAGCGGUGGUGGAAAUUGAGGAUGAUGGGGAGGAGGUGGAUGUGGAGGAGUUGAGAGAGGUGCAUGGUGUCAAGGAAGGCGGUGAUAAUGAUGCUGGUGUGGAGGAGGAUGAGGACGAUGAAGAGGAUGACGAAGAUGAUGAUGAGGAUGAUGAUGUGGUGGAGGUGGUGGGGGAGGAGGUAUGUGUGAGCAUAGUGCAGCAUAGACCAGGAGAAGCGGCAGUACCAGCAGGAGAACCGGUGCACCGGCAUGUGAAUGUGACAUCCCCCUCGGGUCUCACCACAGCAGCAGGACAGACCAACUUCUCCACACUGGCCCUUACAGCAGCGCAUGCCAAAGCACAUCCACAUGCAAGAGCACAUACAAAUACAACAGCGUACACAGAAGCGUGCACAUCUGCACCUGCAGGCAUGGCAGCAGCUCCCCACACACCAGCAGCACCUUCAGUCCAUCACUGUGCGCCUGUUACCUCGCCAUUCCAGCCAACCCUAGGAGCUGCACGGCUGUGCUCCGAGCAGCACAUCGGCGGGGUGAAGAGACAGCGGUUCUUUGGCACCUGGAGCCGCCAGGGGCCUCUUUUCCACAGCCGCGACACGCUGCAGACACACAAUGGACCGGGGGCCACUACUGAGAACAAAGAGUACUGUGGGGUGUCGACUCGAUCACUCUAUGGAGGGGGGGAUAUGAGGCAUGUAGCUGGUGGGGUAGAGAGAGAGGUGGUGCUUGGGGGAGGGGAUACGGGGGUCCAGGCAGUGGCAGAGGCGGCAUACGGGGGGGUGCUGCAUGCGCUGUGGGUGCAGGGAGGGGGAGAGGGCAUCACGUGGGAUAAGGAAGUGCUGCUGACAGACCUCCGCCGGGCUUUAAGUAUUUCCAACGACCAGCACUCUCGCCUGCUUGCUGCUCUGCUCUCACAGGAUGCGACAGCUGAUGCCAGCUGGUAAUUUGAUGUCAAAAUUGAUACUUCAGUUUGUUUCAUGCAGCAUAUGAUUGUGAAGGCGUCUCGCAUAGGCAGCGGCAGUGUGGUACUAGCAUGAGAGCUACUACUUGUACCAGGCUUCCCACCAGCAUGCGGAUCUAGCGUAACUGUGACUUCUCCACAAUGGAAAUUCGACUCCAUGCAUCUUACAGCCUGCAUGGCGGGGGACUUCAGGCAUCCUUCGGUAGAGAUGAAUAAAGAUUCAGUGUACAU